GGACCAGCCUGAGGAGGAGAAGGAAAUUCCCAGUCAGGACGUUGAGGGAGCCAGAGCUAUCGAAUGCCAGAAGGCCGGGCUAAUGGACGACAAGCUCAUAACGGAAAGUUAAGGGGAUCGGAUGGUCCGUCCGCAGCCAUUAAGGCGGCCAAGCGCCUGCCCCCCUUAGUGAUAGAAGACUUGGCCCGAAGAAGGGAGUCGAAGGCGGGAGGGAGAAGGGAGCGAGGGGGAGGACGGAAGGGGCCUCUCCCAGCCCGCGCUCCUCCCCGGAAUUCCCGGCGGGAGCGAUGGUCGGGAGCACGGCCCUCCCUCUCCCGCCGGCCCUGCCUCGGUGGGCCGGGAGGCCAAGGUGGCCAGACGGGAUGGGAGAGCGGAGCGGCCCGGGGAAGAAGAAGGCGUCCGACGCGGCCGGCUGGCGCUCAAGAUGGAGGCGCCGGGCGGGACCCAUGCUCCUCCUCGGCCUCGCGUUCACGGUCGUCUACCACCUGGUCAACAUGUGGCCCGCGGCCUUCCUCCCGGCCCAGCCCUGCCCCCGGCCCAGCCCCGGGCCCUGCGCCUGGGGACCCCCGGCCGGCGACCCUCCGCUCCCGGAGCCGCCCGACCUGGAGGCCCUGCUGAGCUGGCCCGAGACCCCCGGGGACGGCGGGGACCCGGCCGCCGCCACCAGCCCCGGCACGUCCACCUACGGGCUCGCGGCCCCGCCGAGGCCGGCCUACCCGCUGGGCGGGCGGCUGCGGGCCCUGCUGGUGGCCCGCGACCACCGGGGCCGGCCCAAGUCCCACGGCGGGGACCUGUUCCGGGCCCGCCUCUACUCGCCGGGCCUGCAGGCCGGGGCCCCGGGGGCCGUGCGGGACCUGGGCAACGGCAGCUACCUGCUGUCCUUCCCGCUGCUCUGGGCCGGCGAGGCCCGCGUGGAGGUGAGGCUCAUCCACUCCAGCGAGGCCGUGGCCGUGCUGCGGAGGGUCCGGCGGGAACGGCCGGCCACCGUCAACUUCACCGGCUACUUCCGGGCCGGCCGGGAGCGGGAGGAGGCCGAGUGUAACGUGGAGCCGCCCGCCGGGGGCUCCGUCUGCCGCUACCCCGACGGCCAGACGGGCGAGAUCUGGUUCUGCGCCCGCCCCCGGCGCCUCCCCUGCCGAGCCCUGGUGGGUCACUCCUUCGGCAGCUACCUGAAGGUGACCACGAUGCACGAUGAGGUGCUGCUGGGCUCGAACGUCACAGAUAAAGUGCUGCCCGGAGGGAUCUCGCCCAUCCAGGUAGUAGGAAACAGCAGUCUGGCGCUGCCCCCGCGGCCCCCGUGCGGGCCGGGCCUGGGCCUGGCCGAGCCGUCCGGCUUCUACCACCGCAACCAGUGGGUGUCCCUGAGCUGCGCGUCGCGGGCCUUCCCGACGCCGGGCCGCGUGCUGGACUGCCUGGCCGGCAAGCUCGUCCACAUGAUCGGCGACUCCACCCUACGCCAGUGGUGGGAAUUCCUGCGGGACACCGUGCCCUCCCUGAAGGCCGUGGACCUGCACGUCCCCUAUCAGACGGGUCCGCUCCUGGCGGUGGACGCGGGCCGGGGCCUGGUGCUGCAGUGGCGGGCGCACGGCUGGCCUCUCCGCUCCUCCCAGACCCCGGUGGCCUCCCUGCACUCGGCGGCGCGGGAGCUGGGCGGCCUGGCCGGCGGGGCGGACACCGUGGUGGUCCUGGGCCUGGGCGCCCACUUCACCACCUUCCCCCCGGCCGUCUUCGCCCGCCGCCUGGCCGGGGUGCGGGCCGCCGUGGCGGCCCUGCUGGACCGGGCCCCGGCCACCUUGGUGGUGGUCAAGACGGCCAACACGGGCUACAAGUCCGUGUACGGCAGCGACUGGCUGACCCUGCAGCUCAACCGGCUGGUCCGGGCCGUCUUCUCCGGCCUCCACGUCGCCCUCCUGGACACCUGGGACAUGACCUCCUGCCACGACUCGCCCGACAACAUCCAUCCCGUCAGGACCGUCGUCCGCAACGAGGUGGCCCUCUUCCUCUCCCACGUCUGCCCCGGCUGAACCCGGGGCGGGACGCAACCGGGGAGGACGGCUCACCCACCCGGACCCCCGGACGCCGGUUCUCCCAGCACGGAGGAGCGACGAGCCCCGAGAAGCGGGG